AUGAGACAACAUAAAAUGGCAAAACGUCAACAUUGUUAUGGAGAAUUUACAAAUUUAAAUAAAUUAAACGACAUCAAAGAGAGAAUGACAUUUAUUAUGGAAACAAAUAAUAAUCAAGUUCAACUUCAUCGUUUUUGUACAAAAUUUUUUACUGUUGCUGAAACAACUGCUGAACUUCAUGUGUCUGGUACGAGAAAGACAUCCUCAAAUUUGGCACGUCGAUCACAUAUAUUUGUAAAUAAAAUAAAUCCUGAAACACGUUUACCAUCGAUUAAGGAUACAAGUGAUCAUCAAUCAGUUAUAAGUAAUGGACAAUCACGGUCACGUUCACGAUCAAAAACGCCUAUUACAGCUAGUCCAAAAAGUACUCGUCUUGGUACAAGGGGUAAUGUAUCUCGUCAAGCAUCCAUAUCAUCCAUAUUUAAUACACUUAAACAACAUUCAACAGAAAAUUUUGAUUAUCAUCAACAAAUGGAUAAUAAUAAUGAAGAAGAUGAUGAUGAAUUUAUUGGAAACAAUCGUCUUAGACGGAAAAGUAAUGAAAGUGCAAAAUAUUCUUCGACAAAAGCACAACAAAAAUCUGCUACAAUUAAAAAUAAUAAUGGAAAUAAUAAUGAUAGUGGAGUAGAUAUUCGAUUUUCGAGUAGUUCAGGAGAUACCCAACAACAAAAACAGCAGCAACAACAACAACUACAGCAACAGCAACAACAGCAAUCACUGCAAACAAAAGUAGUCGAAAUAUCGAAAGAGAAAUCAAAUCAAGGUCAAUUAUACCAACGUCGAACUAAUAAUACUGUUAAAGCUCCUAUUAAACAAAAAAUUGAUAAACUUCGUCGUCGAAGUGAAGAAGCCACUCAAGCAUUAAAUGGAAUGGUAUCAAAUACGAUUAGUACCGGACUAUCUAUUCAUACAACAUCACCACACGGUCAACAACAAUACGUGAUAACUCCCUCUUAUCAACAUUCUCGUAAGCAAACAACAAAUCGAGCAUCACCACACCAUAUGAGUGGACCAACAAACGUUCGUCGUGUAUCAUCUGAAGCUGAAAUUCAACAACGAUUACAAGCACUUCGUUUAUCAGCUGAUUCAAAUUUAAUACAUGAUAUGAAUAAUCCUCAUUCAUCCUAUUCACGUGAUGCAACGAUAACAAAUUCAAGGCGUGGCGAUCGUUCAAAAUCACCAUUUCAAUUUUCUCAACAACAACAACCAUCACAACCAUCAUCACCAUAUAAUCGUCAUCGUCAAUCACCUGUUAAUCAACAUCUUGUUCAAUUACGUCAUCCACAUACUACAGAACGUGGCUACAUUCAACCACCAACUAGUUCAAAUCUUUUAUCCGUAAAUAAUAUUACUAACGGAAGUGUUGGUCUAUUAAAUAGUGCUCAGUCAUUUAAACAUCAUCAUUCAUCUCAUAAAGAGAAUAAUAAUAACAACAAUAAUCCAAAUUCAAAUUCUGGAAGUUUAUAUUUGGCAUUUAUUGCUAGUAGACAUUUAUCAACAUUAGAAGAUACAUUAUUUGAAUUUGAUAUUGAUCAUCAAAAAUUAUUAAGAAUUUUUACAUGGUUAAAAAAUGUUGAAGACUAUAGACAUGAACAAAUGGAUCAUGAUAAAUUAAUAAUUGAACAAAAUGAGAGAAUGUUACAUGAAGAAGAAAAUUUAUCGUUAUAUUCUGAAAUACAGUAUGCUGUCGAUGAUUUACCAGCAAAUUUAACUGGAAAAGCAGGUGAAAAAAUACCAACAAUGAAAUAUGCCGAUUAA